ACAGCCUAGAUAAAGAAGCGUCAUAAACGUCAUCAGCCAGCAGGGGGCAGCAGCAGACCUCUGCAGAUGGGGAACAUCUGCUUCCUCCAUUCAUCCAGAAGGUUCUGCUUCCAGACUGAGGGAAAGGUUCCAGUCCUGGUCCUGAACAUGAAGCAGACCUUCAGAGACGCUUACGGCUGAGCCUCCAUCAGGUGCAGCAGGGUGGGCGGAGACUUCCUGCUCUGAUGAUCCACAUGCAGCGUCUGUGUCUGCAGGUUGAGGGUCUGACGCCGUGGGCUCUCUGAUCUGCUCCUGCGUGUCAAAGCUGCUGCAUCAGUCUGAGACCACCAACAUCACAGCUCCGCCCCCAAAACCACUCUGCUUCUGCUGAAAUAGAUCUGUGACAACCAGGAGACUCUAAAGUCUGGCUGCUGCUGAACAUGGAGCUGAGGAUGAUGAUGGUGGUGAGGAUGAUGAUGGUGGUGAGGAUGAUGAUGGUGGUGAUGAUGGUCAGAGCUGAAGGAGUGAAUGUGAUGAAGGUCAGAGCAGAGUUGGGUACAGACGUCUCCUUAAACUGCUCCAUCAGGAACAAAGACAUCUUCUGGUUUGUAGAGAUCUACGGUCAGAUCAGAGCAGGAAUAGGACGACUUUAUCAUCCUGACAUGUAUCAGUACUAUUCUCCGGAUUCUGAAUCCAAAUAUUUCAUGAUGGAAACCCGUCUGGAGAUCAAGAACGUCACCAAAGACGACUGCAGGUCUUACUUCUGUGCAGAGAAGAACAAUGGGAACCUCGUCUUUGUGGACUCUUUCCUACUAGAAUCAGAUGUUCCUGACAGUCAGACGCCGUCCACAGACUCAACCAGCUCCAACCAGAACAGAACCGGUGAGAACCGUGGACCCGAGCUGCUGCAGAGGAAGGAGGUGGUGAUCUCCUCUCUGGGUCUGAACGGACUCCUGCUUCUCAUCCUCAUUGCAGGUCUGAUGUUUCUUCAUCUGAGGAAGAGGAGGAGCAGCAGCAGGACUGACGUUCCAGAACAUCACCAAACCCAGGAGACUUAUUAUGACCUGGCUAUCUACCACAAAGUCCAGCAUCCUUUGUGACUCUCUGCUGCCUCACCUGGACACACCUGGACACACCUGGACACACCUGCCUCACCUGUAGUCACCUGUCUCACCUGGACACACCUGCCUCACCUGGAGUCACCUGUCUCACCUGGACACACCUGCCUCACCUGGACACACCUGAACACACAUGGACACACCUGCAUCACCUGGACACACCUGAACAGGUGACUGACCUGGACCAGACCUUUGGUGAUCAGAGGACUGGAUCGGUGGAAGAACACAGAGGAGGAGGAGCCUGCAGCUGUCAUGACUUGAACGUUUUUGUUGUCCUUGUUUGUUGUUUUUGCAUCGAAUGUUUGUUUUCUUUCAUCUUUGGAUCCAAAUAAAUGUAAAUAAAGUCAGAGAGCUUCUCCUCCA